GGGGCGGGGCCUCACUCCUUCAAAGCUGACCACCAGCGUCCCGGUGCUGCGCUGCAAGGCUCCAGCUUCAGUGCGACCCAUCCUCAACAUGCUCCAACUUGUGGGUGCUCUCCGAAAGGAACUGGCGGACUCCCUCUCGACGUGCAAGGUGCUGGUGGUGGGAGCGGGAGGGAUCGGCUGCGAGCUGCUGAAGAACCUCGUCCUCACCGGAUUCCAAAACAUUGAAGUGAUUGACUUGGACACAAUUGAUGUCAGCAAUCUGAAUCGUCAGUUUCUCUUCCAAAAGAAGCACGUGGGCAAGUCCAAAGCACAAGUGGCUAAAGAGAGUGCCUUGCAGUUCUGCCCCUCUGCAAAUAUCACCGCAUACCAUGACAGCAUCAUGAAUCCUGACUACAAUGUGGAGUUCUUUAAAGAUUUCAUUCUUGUGAUGAACGCUCUGGAUAAUAGAGCGGCCCGUAAUCAUGUAAACAGGAUGUGUUUGGCAGCCGACAUCACUCUAAUAGAGAGCGGUACAGCAGGAUACCUUGGUCAGGUCACAGUCAUCAAGAAGGGAAUGACGGAGUGCUACGAAUGCCAGCCUAAACCCACUCAAAAAACCUUCCCCGGCUGCACUAUCAGAAACACUCCGUCCGAGCCCAUUCACUGCAUAGUCUGGGCAAAGUAUCUCUUCAACCAGUUAUUUGGAGAAGAGGAUGCCGAUCAAGAUGUAUCCCCUGACACGGCAGACCCAGAGGCUGCAUGGAAACCGGAAGAAACAGCAGCCCGUGCCACGGCCGCAGAAAAGGACGGAGGCAUCAUGCGCAUUUCAACUAAGCAAUGGGCCCGCACUAACAAAUAUGACCCCAUCAAACUCUUCAAUAAGCUUUUCAAAGAUGACAUCAUGUACUUAUUAACUAUGGACAAGCUGUGGAAAAAGAGGAAGGCUCCAACACCACUGGACUGGCAGCAGCUGGAGAACACUGUGUGUCCUAAGGAUUCAACAGGCUCAGGUUUAAAAGACCAGCAGGUUCUUGGUGUUUGGGGCUACUGCAAGCUCUUCCAAGAAAGUGUGAAUACUCUCCACUCGCUGUUGGAUGAGAAAGGGGAUGGUGCAGAGCUUGUUUGGGACAAGGACGAUCCUCCUGCCAUGGAUUUUGUUACUGCAGCUGCAAACUUAAGGAUGCACAUUUUCAGCAUGAACAUGAAGAGUCGCUUUGAUGUCAAAUCCAUGGCAGGCAACAUCAUCCCAGCUAUUGCAACCACUAAUGCUGUCAUCGCUGGACUAAUUGUACUGGAGGGCCUCAAGAUUCUGGCAGGAGAACUCGAAUCCUGCCGCACGAUCUUCCUAAACAAGUGCCCGAACCUCAGGAAGAAGUUGCUUGUUCCGUGUGUCCUUGACCCACCCGUGGCCAACUGUUAUGUGUGUGCCAGCAAGCCUGAAGUUACCAUCAAAGUCAAUGUCCAAAAAACAACGGUGCUCUCUUUGCAGGACAAGAUAUUAAAGGAGAGAUUUGGCAUGGUAGCUCCAGAUGUUCAGAUAGAGGAUGGAAAAGGAACCAUCCUCAUCUCCUCAGAGGAGGGAGAGACAGAAGCUAACAACAACAAGUUUCUUUCUGACUUUGGAAUUCGAAAUGGCAGUCGACUACAAUCAGAUGACUUCCUCCAAGACUACACACUCCUCAUUAACGUCUUGCACACUGAAGAAUUAGAGAGGGAUGUCGAGUUUGAAGUAGUUGGUGAAGCUCCAGACAAAGCACCAGAACCCCAGAGUCACAAGGAAGAGGUCAACAGCAUCACCAAUGGCAACAAGGACUCUGCCCAGCCAUCCACUUCCUCCAAAGUCCUGGCAGAUAACGAUGAUGUUAUGAUUGUGGACUCUGACAACGAGGUCGAAGCACCGUCCAGCUCCACAUCAGUAACAAGCAGCACCAAGAGAAAGCAUCCCGAUGCGGAAACGGGCCAGGCUUCUACCAAGCGCCAACGGACAGAUGUGUCAGGUGAUGCAGCGGCUCCCACUGACGACGACGACGAUGACAUCAUUGCUUUGGACUAAACCCACCGCUGGUUUUCUGGUAGCAUCGAGAACUAUUUGAAAACUUGCCAUUUUGUAUGACGACAGACAAACGUAACUUUUCUGAAGAAUUGGUAACUGUUCAAGGUUGUUUUGUGUUGAUCCCACAGCCAGUUGUACUCCUCCUUUCAUACUCCCCUGCCCUCAUCACGUGUAAAUAUAGUUGACAUUUGAAAAUACUCAACUGUUUUGUUAUUGUCCACUUCUAGUAUCUUUGAAAUGCAUUGGUUGAGGGUAUAAACAAAGGCUUUUUGUAUUAUGUUUGCUGUACUUCUCAUACUUAAGCCCGGGGAUGUAUGCUUUGCCAAUUUACAUAAAAAGAUUGAAAUCAAAACAUUUUCUUGUUAUGUAAUGUUUGAAUGAUGAAUUUGACCAAAUACAGACUUGUAUGUCUGGCGGAUGCCUGCCUUUCUCAGUGGAACUCAUUGGCUUUGUCUCUGUCCUGCAUUGGUAUAGCAGAGUGUGUGCCAUGAAUGUAUUAUGUACUACCUACCUAUGCUCUUUACAUCUAACAUGUAGGGCUGCUGUCAUAAAGAUACCAUCUGUAAGGCUUCCUCUUGUGUUUUUAACUCAUCAGGUAUUACAACAAGACUAAAGUGAAUACCCAAAAACUGCCCGUUUUAGUAAUACAAGCUUAGCGAUUAAGUCUAGAUUGUUUCAUAUGAUAUUCUUAGCCUCAUGUGAAGUGAUCCCUUUCCUACUAAGUAGUGCAGAUGGGUGUUCCUCCCCAUUGACCAGUACAAUACUGUAUUUGUGAUCAGAUAUGUUGAAAAGGCCUUGAAAGCCUUUCUGGACCAAUAAAUAAGCAUUUUUUUG